AUGCCAUCAUCAAAAGAAGAACGAAAAUCUUCAUCAUCAAAAAUUGCCGAUAAACCUAAAUAUGAAUUGCUCACAGACAAGGACUUUAAGAGAGCAGAACAAUUAACUGAGGAAAAAAAGCUACAAGAUAAAGAUUUUCAAGACAAGGAAAAGAAACAAAGAAAGGAAAGAAAUGAAUUCUUGUUUAAAAAGACCAAGAAUUUGUUAAAAACCUACGAGAAAUCUAAAUUUUAUCAAAAGACGAAACUUUUAACAAAUGAUGCACUUGAUAAGUAUAAAAGAAAGAGUACAAUCGAUGAAAAACCAAUCCCUAAAAGGGAGAUGGCAUUCUACCAAUAUAAAAACAAAUUAGCUAACAAACAAGAAGUUUCAAGGAAUAUCCUUUGGACUGAUGUCGAUCGUUCGAAAGCUGAAGCAAGAUUGGCUAGAUCCGAAGUUUUGAGAACCAAAGAAAAUGAAGAAAGAGGUAUUGAAUUGGAUGAUAGUGAUAUUUACUCUAAAACAUAUCAACUUUCACAGGAAGCAAUUUUGAAGGAUGUAGAUGAAAAUACUAGAAAGAAAAUAUUUGAUAUUGAACUUACACAAUAUUCACCGUAUAAGAUUCAAUAUAGUUUGAGUGGUAGAAAAUUACUUUUGGGUGGUGUGAAAGGUCACAUUUCAACAUUGGAUUGGAGAAAAUUUGAAAUGCUUCAUGAAAAUCAUUUCAGUGAACCAUGUAAGGCAGUUCAAUGGUUGAUGGAUGAUGGCAUGUAUGCUGUUGCUCAAUCACCAUUUACCUAUGUUUAUAAUGAACAAGGUGUAGAAAUUCACAUGUGUAGAGAUUUCCAUAAGGUUGAAUUCCUUUCUUACUUACCUUUCCAUUAUUUACUUGUUGGUGCUAGUAGACAACAAAAUUUACCAACAGGAAAUAGUGGUCAAAUCAUUUUCAAGGAUAUUUCAUUGGGUGAAAACGUAUCAACAGUUAAAUUAGAUCCAAUUUCAUGCAUGACACCAAAUCCAUAUAAUGCUGUUAUGUGUGUUGGUCAUUUGAAUGGUACUGUUUCAAUGGUAUUACCUCGUGAUAAGGAUUACAAACCAGUCGUUUCCAUGUUCUGUCAUCAAGCUCCAAUUAAACAUUUGGCAGUUGAUCCAACAGGUCGUUAUAUGGUUACAAGUGCUGCUGAUGAUAAGGUUAAAGUUUGGGAUAUUAGAAAUACCUAUCAACCAUUGACAACAGUUGAUACUCUUGAACAUCUUAAUCAAAUUAGACCAAAGAAUGGCGAUCAUAUUACUUCUAUGGCUGUUUCACAAUCGGGAAUGGUUGCUGUUUCACUUAAACAUACAGUAGCAAUAUGGAAGAAUUUGACUCACAUAAAUCAAGCUGAUAAGGAAAUUUACUUGCUUCACAAGAUGCCAAAUCAUACCACAGUUUCAGAUUUAUCAUUCUGCCCAUAUGAAGAUAUUCUUGGUGUUGGUCAUUCUAGAGGAUUCAGUAGUUUAAUUGUUCCAGGUUCUGGUUCAAGCUCUUACGAUUCUAGAAUGCCUAAUCCUUACUUUACUGAUAAACAAGUUAAGGACUUUAACGUGAGAACCUUGCUUGAAAAGAUUCCAUAUGAAAUGAUUUGUUUGGAUCCAACAGUGAUUGGUACAUCAGGUAUGAGAGAAAAGGAUCACUCCUACUCAUCUCAAGUUGAAAUCUCAGAAGAAUUGAAACAAGAAUUGAGCAGAGUUGGUCUCAAGGAAGAAGAAAGAAAAGAAGCUGAAAAGAGAAAACGUUUAACCUCAAGAGAUCAAUACAGAGAAGAACUCUUUAACAAAUAUCAAGAAAUGAAAGCAGCCAUACCAAAGAAUUGGUAUGAUGAAGAAGAUGCUGAUGCUUUGGAUCGUUUUGCCUCAUUAAAGAAGAGAAAGAUAAAGUACGACGAAAAGAAGAGAGAAGAUACUCGAAAGCAACAAGAACAAACUGAAGAAUCAGAUAGAGUCAAACAAUUGAAGAGACAAUUGAGUGGCGAUGAUUCUGGAGAUGAGGAAGAAUCAUCUGGUGAUGAAGACGAAAAUAUGCUCAAAUUAUCAUCUUCAGGAAAGAAGAAGCAACAAGAAGGCGACGAAGAUGAUGAGGAACAAGACGAUGAAGAACAAAUGGACAAUCAAGCUGAUGACGACGAAGAUGAGGAAGAACAAGAAGACGACGAAGACCAACAAGCAAACAUUUCAGAGGAAUCUGAUGAUUACGAAAGCGAUGAAAGUGAGGAAGAAGACACCAACUCAAUAAUUGAUCCAUUCGCAUAAAUGUACAAAAAUUCUCUAAA